GAACCUGUAUAAUUUCCGGCAGUAUAUAUAAGUUGCGUAUUCUCAACUUUUAAUGCACACUGAUUUCUCCGUCUACUUCGCCUAACAUUACAGUAUAAAAAAUAAAAAAUGUCUUCUGAUGAGUUGAAAAAUGGAUUUGGAGGAAAAUGGAAAGUUUACAAAAGUGAAAAGUUUGAAGAUUUCCUAAAAGAGAUGGGUGUCAACCUUGUGAUGAGAAAAGCUGCUGCUAAUAUGUCACCAACAAAUACUAUAAGCAUUGAUGGUAAUAGCAUAACAAUUAACAUAGAGGCUGGUCCAAAGAAAAUGGAAGAAAAAUACACAUUAAAUGAAGAGGUAGACAGGAAAACAGAUUCCGGAGAAAUAGUCAAGUCGAAAGCGACAUUCGUCGACGGUAAAUUGACAAUUGUAAAUACCCCUACUGAUGCAACAAAGAAAGUUGUAACAAUAGUAAGAGAAAUACAAGGAGAUGAUCUUGUUAUGACCAUGACUCGUGGAGAAGUGUCGGCAAAAAGAUAUUUCAAGAAGGCUUAAAUCUGUUACUUUGAACUCUACGUUACUUAAGUAUUUACAUCGGCUCACAACUAAAUCAUGUGAACUUACAGAUUUCGCACGUCGCUUUUAAGCAUUUCACUUUAGACAAUAAUAAUGUGUUCUUUGGAGAUUAUGUAGACUCGGUAUACUCAGUGCAAUUGUAUACUUCUUGGUUUGUGAAAUUUUAAAUAUCAACAACCCAAUAGAUUUGUCUCUGACUUUAUUUAA